CGACAAAAACAUUGGAGUGGAAGCUGGAACGUGGAAGUUGCUCCUUAUGUUUUAAAUUUUUGUUAGGGUUUCGAGGUCGUUAUUUAGGUCUAUUAACCAUGAUGUGAAGAAGGUAUUAUCAUGUGGCGACUGCUGAGUUCGUUAACUAGAGGUUUUAGAUCUGUCCGUCCCACUCACUGUUGUUCUCAAGAGGGUCCAGAUGACAAAUCCAGAAAGCAGUUAGAUUUUCGUUGCCAGCUUCUGUUCACGAGACGUCCCUGCCACACAUCUCAGCAGACUCAACAGCUUGACCACAUAAGAAAUGAUGGGGCAAAGUACUUUAGACACUGUUCAGAGUCAUCUGACAAGCUAGAAACAUGGAAAACUCUUCCAACAUUGCAGAAAAAGAGAGGCCAUGGUGACUGGGUCUUCUGCAAUGUGGAUUUUAAGGAAAAACAGAACAAGUGGGGAAGGUCCUGCCGAUGGAAGAGCAGAGAAAGGUUUUUGUGGACACACUCAAUACUCCAAGGGUUGGGAUGGGGUUCAGUUGUGGCCUUGACUUAUUCACUGUAUCAAGGUUGGGGUGAUCUACAACGAGAGAAAGAGGCAAGGAAAUCCAUCUAUAAGUGGUACAAUGAGAGGAAUAAAUGUCAUAAUGAUUAUCAGAAAGAAAGUAGCUGGAAAACUUAUGAAGGUAGCCAGCCCUGGAAUAAUAGCUUUGUCAAGAACCAUAUAUACCAGUGGUGGUUCCAGAGUGGGCAUCAGUAUCCCUUUAUCACCUCUCUAGAAUCAGAUUACCGACAUAGGCACCUAACUGUUUACCCACAAAAACUAUCAAAAUCACUUUUUAGUGCUCUUUGGAAUCUAGCAGGUGUUCAGAAAGAUUUUCGUUUUGCAUUGAAGAGGAAUGUUAAAGAUGAAGGAAACCAAAAGAAUGACCAUCAGUCCUUUGGUGAUGGCCUUCUUGAAGAUUUAAAGGAAACCAAAACAUUAUCUCCUGUAGAUGUGGUGCACAAUCCAAACCCAGAAGAGGCAGAAAUAAAAUUUUACACUGAAGAACAUACUUUUGAUGAAAGUAUAACUGGAAGUGAUGCUUCCUACAAGCUUGAAAAUGAACUACUAAUAGAAGAACCAGUUAAAGCCUUUAAUAUCAAUGAGGUUGGAAGAAAACCGUACUAUGAAGACAGCAAUGACACUCGAGAUAAUUUCAGCUGUGAUAGUGGUCACAGCUCAGGGACCAAUAGGCCAAGUGUUCAGCUAGAGAAUGAACAGGAUGAUAAUGAAGAUUUUGACGAUGACUUGAAAAAGAUUUUGAAUGCAGGUAUUGAAGACAUCAGAAUGCUUCAGGGAGAGCUCAAAAGUGCGAUAGAAGAGGAUUUUGCUCAGAGCAGUGUGAACUCUAGCCCAGGAGCAGCCCUUGUGUAUUUCCAAGUGGGAACAAUGCUUGGUGACCCGAAUUCGACAUUCAACCUGGCUCUCUGUCAUCACUUUGGCCGAGGUGUCAAGCAGGACAUGAGGAAGGCCCGCAACCUGUAUGAGGCUGCAAGCAGGAAAGGUCACGGAGGAGCAACCUUUAACUUGGCCAUUUUGGUAGGCCAGGGCCAAGGUGGAUCUGCUGAUCUACCUCGGGCAAGGAGAUUGCUAACUCUGGCCGUUGAGAGAGGUGUCGAGGAAGCUCGUUCAGCUUUGCAGCAGAUAGAUGAGGAAGAAGAGAGUGAGGGUGAUGUGUAUGAAGGUGGACUGAGCAGGACCCAGUCUGAACCAACACUCUCGUCUGUUCCGUCAAGCAACUGGUCAUCUUCCUAUUCAACCACAGAUCUUGACAGCCUGGAAGAUUCGUUAGGCUUUGUGUCCACGGAGAUUAAUGCCCGAACGAGGCCUGUGUUCCACCUAACAUGAAUGGCUGUUGUACUUGAUUAGGGUGAUUAAUUGCAAGAAUUGGAAGGUUAUUAAAUUUAGGAGAAAGAAAGCUAGUCAAAUUUUGUUGUUAAGUCAAAACUCAAAACUUCAAUGAUUUUUUUCUGUAUAUAGCCUGGUUUCAAUUAGUCAUAAAAUGCAUAUAUAAUUUCCAAAAUGCAGGCUAAAUGUGAUGAUCUGGAUAUUCUGUUUCUAAUUUAAAUAAGUAAUAACAGCUCUUUUGUAAAUUCUGUUACAAAAUUCUUGAAGUUUAAUUAUUGAAUAAAAUGAUAUGAAAGUAAGUAGGUGGUUAACAAUAUUUUUUACGUAUAGAUUUUUACACUGAUUUCCAUAUUACCUAAAGGUACUGAAAAUAUUGUUAUCAUAUCAUGUAUAUAUAUCUAAAAAAAUCAUGUAUUUUCACUUUCUUGACGUUUUUUUCUCAAGUAAAGGGAAAUGCUACAAAUAUAUUUCUGAUUUUGUAGGUGAUACAAAAGUUAUAAGUAUAACCUGAUUUUUGUUUGUAGAAAAUUAAUAAUUAAUUAUUCAUUAAUUUCAGUGCUAAAUUUAUAUUUAUGCAAGCAAGCAUGGUGAUUUUAUAUAAUACUUUGUUUUUAACUAACAUGUGUAAACAAGCAUUGGGAAUCAACAUGAUGAUUUGUAAUUGAUUUACAGACGUGAUGCACAAUGCAGGCGCAGCCUUCUAUGUGAUAAGAUAGCGAAUUAUUGAUUUAAUGACGUGAUCCUCUAUUAUGAUGUCUUUGAAAAUUUUACUCAGAAAGAAUAUAUUUAACUUCUUGCAAAGAUUUAUCAUUUGUCACUAUUAAUAAAACAUUGUCAAUAUGGAUGGCAAGUCCUACUUGUGUUUAUUAUUUGUAUGAGCUUGAUAUUGAUUGUUUUGAUUUCUGAAUGAGUUUGAUAACAGAUAACAGUGAGAAACAUAUCCAGUGCAUGUUUAAAUAUUUAUAUAUGUGUGAUAUGAAUGGAUUUGUUAUUUAUUCUUUAUACAAAUUAAUUUAUCACUUCAAUGGUUAUUGCAAAAAUAUUAAUGAUUUAGGAUUGAAAUCAAUCAAAGAUUAAUUAUUAAAUAGAAAAGUGAGUAAAAGAAUAAUAGGAACAUUUUUGGGGGUGAGUUGCUUAGUAGGGUUAAAUAUAUAUCAAGGGAUCUUACUAUAGAGAUCUGAACUAAGGUAAAAGGUCUUCAUAAUGUAUUCAGAUUCUUUACUCUGCCACUAUUACUUGCAUUUAUGUGUUCAAAGCUUUGAGGUUGGAGAAUAUGUAUCUCAUUCUUCAAGUUAUGUUUUGUACAUUACAAUUAAAUAUUUCACAUUCAUACCUACAUUUUCUCCCAUGUCUCUUAAGCCUUUCCUAGUUUUUUGCUCUUAAAUAUUUUUUUUUUAACAUCAUUCUCAUACCUCAUAUCUUACGUUGUGUUUGUCCACCAUUCCUGCAUACCCUCUCUUCAUUCUGUGUUCCCUAGUACUUUCACCCUGUACUUCUUUUUCUUAGACCCAAUACACAUUUCAUUAGCAUAACUGAAAUUAGAAUGUUGUACCUAAUGCUUUGGUUUCUAGUAGAGAAGGGGGUCUAUCACUCAGCUUGCAGUGUUCUCCAGGACCUGUGUCUUAUUGUAUGACAGCAUGUUGUACUGGUAGUUUCUCAUAUCCUUAGUUUGUUGUAUUGUUAGGGAAUGAGAUAGUAGAUAGUAUUGAGUUAAGUUUAGUUCAUACUAACAGGAUGGCAUAUAUUGCUGAGAUUCAGCACUGUUAUUUGUUUAGAUGUCACAUGCUGCAAGUAAGAAUGGUACAGGAGAGUUAUCAGUGGCUGUCAUAUUUUUUGUGUCUCUAUCUCCAUAGGCCAGGACUAAAAGAUAAUAUGAGGAAUUUGUCAUGGAAAAAAGGGAAAGAAUAUGUGGCACAAAUACUGAAUGAUGUUUUCCUGAUUUUUUUUUCCCCAGUGAAAUUUGGUUGCAACAAAAAUGUUUUUCCAAUGCAAAGUUGUGAACAGUCAUAUUAUUGUAUAGGAAUGUUAUGAUUAAAAGACAGUUAUCAAUUUAUUCUACCUAAGUAAUAUAUGUUCCAUUGUUACAGUAAUUAGACUGUAGGUUGACAUGAAGUAGGUGGUUUUAAUCACCAGGAGUUUAUAUUUUUAUGAGUACAAAUGUAAAUAAGAUGAUAAAUAUCUUCUCAUUA